GGAUUUUCAUUUGACUUCACCAGAUGGAUGCUGGACGGAGUCGACAUCGACGUCGGGGCGGAUGACCACUACAGCUUGGUGGGAGGCAACCUGGUCAUCAGAAACCCGGCCCGGGACAAGCACCUGGGGAAGUACUCGUGCAUCGCCACCAACGAGUACGGCACCGUCAUCAGUCAACAGGCCUCUGUGCAGUUUGGAUAUCUGGAUUUCUUCUCCUCAGAGAGAGAGGCAGUGUAUGUGAAGGAAGGACAGGGAGCUGUUCUGCUGUGUGCUCCACCUCCUCACUUUCCAGCCGAGCUGUCGUUCAGAUGGAUGCUGAACGAGUUCCCCUUCUUCAUCCCGCUGGACAAGCGGCGCUUCGUGUCCCAGACCACGGGCAACCUGUACAUCUCCAAGGUGGACCGUUCGGACACGGGCAACUACUCCUGCUUCGUGUCCAGCCCCUCCAUCUCCAAGAGCGUCUUCUCCAAGUUCAUCCCCCUGGUGCCACUGGCUGAACGUCCGAUCAGGAAGUACCCCGCCGACAUCAACGUGAAGUUCCCAGACACCACGGCCCUGCUGGGACAGAACAUCACCUUGGAGUGCUUUGCGUUGGGGAACCCCAUUCCAGAAAUCCGCUGGAAGAAGGAGAACGACGACCUGCCUCCGAACCACGAGGUGAGCAUGGUGGGGGCCCACCUCCACCUGUUCAACGUGCAGUUUGAGGACGCUGGGAGCUACACCUGCGAGUCCCGCAACUCCAAGGGGAAGGACCACCACACCGCCCGCCUCUCCGUGGAAGCGUUCCCUGAGUGGCAGGAGCACAUCAACAGCACGGAGAAGGACAUCCACAGCGACUACACCAUGACCUGUCUGGCGAGCGGCAGACCCAGGCCUCACGUCCGCUGGCUGAAGAACGGUCACCCGUUCCACAAGAAGGGCAUGGAGUUCAGCGGGCUGACAGUGGAGGACUCGGGCAUGUACCAGUGCAUCGCUGACAACCACCACGGCAUGCUGUACGCCAACGCGGAGCUGCGGGUGAUCGUGUGCGCUCCGACGUUUGACCUCAGUCCAGUGAAGACUGUGCUGGCGGCCAAGAACAGCCGGGCGCUGAUCGAAUGUCGUCCGAAGGCGGCCCCAAAACCCCACCUGUUCUGGAGCAAAGGCACAGAGCUGCUGCAUAACUCCACCAGGCUGAGGGUCUGGGAGGACGGGACCCUGGAGAUACUGAACGUGUCGCAGGACGACGAGGGGAGUUACACCUGCUUCGCUGAGAACGACCAGGGCAAGGACAACAGCACUGGAUCCCUCACCGUCAAAGACCAAACCAAGAUCACCUUGGCUCCCUCCAACGCUGACGUCACGGUGGGGGAGGGCACACGCAUGCAGUGCGCUGCGUCCCACGACGCCUCAUUGGAGAUCGCCUUCGUCUGGUCCCUGAACGGCCGAGUCAUCGACCUAUCGGAGGACAGCCGGCAUUUCGAACGCACCUCGAACGGCAGCUCCAACGGGGGGCUGCUCAUCAAGGACACGCAGCUGAACCAUGCUGGGAGAUACACGUGCAUGGCCGAGACCACCGUGGACAACGUCAGUGCCUCGGCCCAGCUGGUCGUCAGGGGUUCCCCGGGGCCCCCCAUCGGCCUGCAGACGGUCAGCCUGAAGGAGCAGAGCGUGGCCCUGCAGUGGAGCCACGGCGUGGACAACCACAGCCCCAUCUCCAAGUACACCCUCCAGUACCGGGACGCCUUCUCCCCCGAGUGGAGGGACGCCCCGACAGCUCCUGUGGACGUGGAAGGGAACGCGGAGACGGCCACGGUGGUAGACCUGUCCCCCUGGACGCAGUACGACUUCAGGGUGAUGGCCACAAACACCCUGGGCACCGGGGAGCCAAGCGCCCCCCUGUUGAACGUGACCACGCUGGCAUCAUAUCCUGUGGUGGCGCCCUCGGACAUCAGGGGGGGCGGGGGGAACAGCGGGGAGCUGACCAUCACUUGGACGCCUGUGAAACCGCAGUGCUACUACGGCGAUAACUUUGGCUACAUCAUCGCCUUCAAGCCUCGCAACGGCACGGAGUGGCGGAAGGUGACGGUGUCCGAUCCGCUGGAGCGGCGCUACACCCACAAGGACGCCACCAUCCCACCCUACACCGAGUUCGACGUGAAGGUCAAAGCCUACAAUCACCACGGAGAGGGCCCCUACAGUCGCCUGGCCUCGGUCUUCUCCGCACCAGAAGCUCCGAGCGAGGCCCCAACCAACGUGGUAGGCCGACCUCUCUACGCCACGGACGCCGUAGUGGGGUGGGAUCCAGUCCAGCAGGAGAACAUAGCUGGAUACCAGAUAAAGUACUGGAGGAAAGGGGAAGACAGCGGCCAGGAGACCAAGGACACGGCGGUGUCCAGCAGAGAGAACCAGACCCGGCUGGACGGGCUGAAACCCGACACGCUCUACUUCAUUGAGGUCCGGGCGUACAACGUCGCCGGAUACGGGCCCCCCAGUGAACCAGUGGAAAUAAACACAAAUAAAGCCCCUCCCAGUAAAGGUCCCAGAAUCACCGGUAAGAAGUUCAAGGGUCAGCAGGUGAACAUCCAGUGGGAGCAGGUGGAGCCCCUCGUCAACGAGUCCGCCGUCAACUUUUACAAGGUCCUGUACAGAACGCAGGGCCAAGGCGCCACCACUUUGUACACCACCUUCAAGAAGUCUAUAGACCUACCCCUGCCCAAGGAGGGCAUCGUGGUGGAGGUGCGGGCCCACAGCGACGGAGGGGACGGGGCCGUGUCACAGAUUCAUAUCAUAGGUGAUGGUGUAAUGGCUGCCCGCUCCCUGGGCCUGCUGUCCCUACUGCUGGUGGCGCUCCUCUGCCUGGACUUUUGAAUGUAUUGGCACCUCAUGUCUUCACUUCCUGUGAAGGGGACUCUGUGAUGUUGACAGCGUAUGAGGACAUGAACUCUUUCCACAAUGUUUUUGGUUCCACCCCGCAACCAAAAAAAAACCAACAUAUUCCAACUGUCCACCCGCUACGGAAUAUGUUUGUGGGAUAAAAAAAAUAAGAAAGUUUGACACGAAUUGGACAUGGGCAAAGACAUCCCUUAUUUACUAUCUACAAAGCAUCUUGGGUGGAGUUUCAAUAACGGUGUUCUGUCAACUUGUUCAAUAUGCCUUAUGUAAACGAUGACUCUUAUCUUUCACAAUGUUCUCCUCUUAAAACGGAUGGUGAACGUGAGUGGCCGUCCCUCGGAGUUAUGAAGCAGUUAUUUUCAUUUUCUAUUAUUAAACAGAUGAAAAUAUGUCGAUAAAUGUGAUUUGUCGGAAUUUCCGAUGCGUUGACGUUUUGGAUAGCCUCUCCGGUAAUGCAUUCCAUAUUAUAAGCUAACAGGUAGAUAGUUGUGAACGAUAAGUGUACACGUUUAUGAAAUUGUCUUUGUGGUUAUAAUGCGGCGCAGAAUACUUACUUUUUUUAUUGUCUUUUAGAAACAAGCACAUCCUCCAUUACAGAGUUACAGUCCAAGCAAAUAACAACAUUUAGCAUCAUAGUAAAAAGAAAGCCAUGGUAAUGUAAUAUAUGCAAUAAUUUACAUUUGAAUGUGCUAUUGAUGUUAUCUGUGCAAUGAUACAUACUCGAUCGAAUUUAUCUCCUAUUGCAGAUCAUUGCAAAUUGUAAAAUUAAAGGAUUCUCAAUCACUUCCAAAACAAUGGUGACGGCAGAACAAUUCCACAGUUGAAUGUAAAGCAAAUGGAUGGACCCUAUAAUUAACCGGAUAAUGUGUCAGAAAAACAGUUACGAACCCUGUCUGAAAGGCUGUGACAGUGGCCAUCUUGAUCUAAUGUUGAAUACUUGUGUAUCUAAAAUGCUUCGCAGGCCUGCCUACCCUUAUUCCAAUCUGAUAUGGCAAAGUGUUACACAGUGAGGUGUGUGGAUUUAGAAAUGCUUUUGUCUUGACUGUGUCAUUUUGACCUUGGUACCAAUGGUACCAUCUGGUGCUUUGUAAAGAAUGUAGGCAUUUUCAUUUACUGUUAGUAUUUGUUCCAUCAUUUAGGUUUUCCUCCAUGGCUAUGUUCAAGUGUCACCAACAGUGAUGGACACCUCAUUCAGUACGCGUGCAAUGUCUGCUACGUCGAUGGCUACUUUAUGUUUUCUAACGACCCAACUUGCCUAGCUCCUAAUCUUACGUGCAUCAUUGUUGUUUUUUUCGUAAUCGGUCUGUGCGCAGACUGAAGAUGGACGAGCAAGCCAUUCCUAGACUGCGCAAACGUAAACCUUAAUAAUUUGUUAGUCCAAAUGAGCGUGGCCAUCUGAACAGCUCAUAUAUAUAUAUUUGAUUUGAUAAGAAAUUCGAUUGUAUAUGGAUUAUACAUACAGUAUGUCUGUAUAUAUAAUCGUCAAAUUUGUUUUCUUAUGUGUUUUUUUUUCAAUAUUUGUUCGUCCCUGAAACGUGAGAGGUUUUUCUUUCGAGGUUUCUCAUUUCCCAGAGGUUGAUGAACUAAGUGUGCAGAGAAAAGAAAUGCAGCGUUUACUAUUAUGAUUACUAUGAUUAUUAUGAUUACUACUACUACCGCGUACAGAUUCAUGAUUUGUGUGACUGACGCUAGCCAAGCUUAUCAUCGUAACUAUAUCCACAUCCACCACCAAGUGCUUUUCUCCUGCCCCCCCCGCUGCCCGCCCCACCCAUGCAACAUCCAAGCAUCCGACCAUCUGCGCGAAUGCAUGAAUGCCUUGAACGUAAGACGUAUUUUGGAGAAAGCGGCAACUCAGAACCAUACAUUCUACCAUGCAUGAACGUCGGAAAAACAAAAUUAGUAACUACUACAGCGGUGGGUUUUUAUACUUUGCAGGGGGAAUUGACCGGUCUCUUCUGAACCCUCCGAUGGCUUUACAUUAUAUACAUGAUUAUAUUUCCUCCCCAGGGGUUGGCGGUCCUCAGUGGAGAUGAUGAGGAUGAUGUGUGUGUUGGCUGCCUAAUUAAAGCUAGACAUAUUCACGCCUUGAGUCUUUGAGUUGUCUUUGAGGCCAAGUGAAAUGACUCACUCAAAAGAAAACAUCCUGCAAUUCAAUGCAAAUGAUUUGUUAGGGGGAAUGAAUGAAACCACUGGGUCUUGGUGUCGUGCGAUUGGUUGACCGCUGUUGAAGCGCUUUACUUGUUAUUGAUGGUUGAGGUAGAAGGAACUGGACUCUGAUCGGCUGGAUUUAAAAGCAACAAAUAAAAAAGUGUAGUUAACUCUUA